GUGGGCUGCUUACCCACGUGAAUAUGACGGGACGCACAAUUAUCGAUAUAUCAAUCCACACCCGCUAAUCCCUUCUUGUUGUUGUUGCAUUACACUUAUUCUCACCCAUCCCCACUCUAAUGAAAGCUUAUACCAGUGAAGAAGUUGCAAAGCACAACACUGACAAGGAUGCUUGGGUCAUCGUCGAAGGCAAGGUCUAUAACGUCACCGACUUUCUCAGCGAACACCCUGGCGGUAAGAAGAUCCUCCUCAAGAGCUCUGGCAAGGAUGCUACGGCACAGUUCAAGAGCUUCCACAAUGAUGCUGUUCUCGAGUCAGUUGCAAAGCCUUUCUUGAUCGGUGUCGUGGGUAGUGAUAAGAGCAAGCUUUAAAGACUUAGACUAUAGUAAUGAUGGUUUAUAAAAGAAAGAAAUCUCAACGUGGUUGUUGUUGUCAAACACUAACUGGCUGGCUACAGUAGUACAUUAUAGUAAUGAUACAGAAUACAAAAGGGGUACGAACGGGGAGGGGGAUCUAUCGAAGCUUCGGGAGAGGGGCAGUGAACUAAAGUUGGUCAAGUUCGUUGCCAUGAACUCUACCAUCUCGAAGUUCCUGCUCUAAUUCUUCUAAAAGAGCUUCGUCUUCAUCCAUACCAAGCUUCCAGUUGGUAGUGGGUUUUUGAGAUGGCUUUGUAGAGCUCUUUAACUCUGUGCUUUUACUAGAGAAAAGAGCCGAUCGAUCUUCAGAUGCGGCUCGCAAAAAGGUACUGAGUGAGCCUUCCUCAAUGGCCACCAGCAAAUCCUUGUAUUGCUAUGGUGAGACGGGUUAGCAUUAGAUCGACAAUGAUAA